AUGCCUGCAACGGUAAAUGAUAGCCGAUUUGAUGAAUCGGUAGACCAGGUCAUCCAACAAACUCCUAUUGCAGAACAAUUCUUCUCACACCCCAGUGAACAAACAAUUCCUGCAAGCAGUAAUGAUCCUUCUAUUAUACUGGGGAAUAGGGUUAUAACUGCAGAAAACGAAGAAGUUAGUGAUAAUUCGAUUACGUCUUUUGACGAGCGCCAAGAUUACAAUGGAAGAACAGAAAAUAAUAAUAUACGUACUUUUGAAGCAGGUGCUAAUUUUAAUACGAACAAUAAUACUGCUGAAUCAUCCCAAAUACGGCGUACUCCACUGCGAGAGAGCCAAUCAAAUGUACAAAUGAAGUACAAUACAAGAACACCUGAUUUAGAUAGAAUUGCAAAAUUCUUUAAAUCGAACAAAUCACCCACUAAGACAAACCUACUGAUAAAUCAUGCGGAUUCGCUAUUAGAGGACACACCGCUGGCUGAAAGGGUAAAUGUAACACAGGAGAAAAGUCAAAGAGUGAUAAGUACCGAAUUUGUGACAGCUCCCUUGAACGAGAAUACUACGACUUCCUUGGAUAUCAUUAGCAUGAAAGGGUCUUAUCCUGAACUAGAAUCAAAUGGUCUGGAUGAAUCUGUAGAGAAGGCAUCAAAUGACAGUGGAAAUAUUUCAGAAAAUAAUUUUUUAUCAAAAUUUGACUCACAACUAGAAGAUACACCUCCAUCUCAAAGACAGACUUUAAAAAUACCAUCCUCUGGAGAUGCCCUUCCUGGAAGAAAUACAACUCAAAUCCAAAAUACACAAAUAACAAAACUUCUUCAGAGUAUUUCAAACAGAACCAAUUCUAGAAUUUCAUCGGAUUUGAAAACAAACACGAAAGAACCAUCUUAUAAUAAAUCUUUCGAUAAGACUGUGGAAGAACGAGAUAUAACUGAUAUUGAUAAUAUUCCUUUUCCUGAUAAAAAUUGUCCUACAACGACCGCUGUUUCAACGAUAAAUACUAAUAGUCACCUGGGGAAAAGAAUUGAGGAGAACUCUACAAACGAACUACAAAUUGAGAGAGAAUUUGGAUCAAAAAAACAAGCCCUUAAUGAAUCAAUCAUACGCGAUGAACAAGAAAUAAAUACUACAACAGAUCUUUCCUGCAUUGAAGAUACCACUGAUGGUGCCAUACCUAAUAAAUGGGUGUUUAGACCAGCAGACCAAUUAGAAUUCAAUAGCACGAAAUCAACUCAGGUGAUUGGAAUAGGAAAGACACAGGAGUUAAUAUCAACCCCGACCAAUGAUCUGGUAGAAAAGGCUGAGGCAACACAACCUCAGUUAGUAUUUUCACCAGCUUCUGAACCAUCAUCUGCUGAAAAAAGUUUUUUAGCUACGUUACCUAUUGUUGACGAAGCAAACUCUACAUCCACAGAAAUAAUCUACUCACAUUCUCCUUCCGCUAGACAAACAUUAGAGACACCACCAAAUCUAAGGAAAGAUAAUAUGGUAGCACUCACAGAGGUUCCUGAAACAAGCUCUCCAUCAAAACCUAAGGCAAUACCACCAAACAGAGAAAAUUCUUCUCCUAGUCCCAGAGGAGAGCUUCCAAACUGGAAAAGAGAUGAUAUCGAUACUCAAGAAAGAUUUAUACUAAAAGUGUCCAGUAAGCUUGAAUCUCCUAUAGAGACGAAAGAUGGUUCAAUGGCGACCAGUCAUGAAUUAGAUACCAAGGACAACGAUAUAGUAUUAAGCGAAACGGAAAUGACACAAGAAUUGCCAGAACUUGAAGAGCAUGACGGUGAUGAUGGAGUCAGUCUUCGUAUGAGUCUUGAUACAGAACAAAAAAAAUUAUCGACGUCACAACUUUCUAAAAGAAAUGCAUUCAAUGACUCCCAAGAUAUUGUCUAUAAUAGAAGACACAUAAGAAGGAAGCAGAGAGAUACUAUGGAGGACAGUGAUGAAAGAGGAAGUGAUACGACUUCCCCAAGAAAACGCCUCAAAAGGGAGAUUGAGAUCAUGAACUCUGAUCUUAAUGAGGAAAUUUGCCAAGUGGCAAACGAAAUGCUUGCUGAUGGGGAUGACGUGAAUAGUAAUCCUAUUAAGAGUAAGGAAACAUUUCCUGAUCUUGUGACACCAAUAAAGGUGGAAAAAAAAAGGGAAUUCCCAUCUAAGGUAAAAACUGAAGACUCUGAAUAUCUUACCAAGAGAGAUAUAAGGUUUGAGGAUGCAAUUUGGUGCCAAUACUCCUUAAAUUACAAAUAUUAUCCAGCUCUACUAUUAUCACCUAACAUAGGUGAAGAUUCUUCACUUGUUCUUUUUGAAACAGGAAAAGCCGAAAGUAAAAACGAAGAUAUAUACUACCUAGACAUCCGAAUUGGGGACACAGUUACGUUUAACACUAAUGAGUACUCCGUUUCUGCGCUUGAAUGUCGAACCCACGAUCCACAAAUUAUACGAUGCAUUCGCGGUUAUGAUACAGUUCAUUUGAAAAAAAGAAAUGCUAAUGGAUCUCUAAGCAAAAAAGUCGUCAUAAAACCAUUGGCUUCUAUUACCGUGGAGUUAAAUGAAUGGGCAAGAAGACCGAAAAUUAUAUUGGAGGAUGGAGUUGGUUCUCGAGGAAAGGCUCUUCGAGGACUUCGUCAUCCCUUAAGAGGCCGAAAAACUACUAAUUACACAUCACCUAAAAAAUUAUUGCAUAAGCUCAUAAAAGAGGAACAUAUUGUCGAUGAUUCGACGAAUAGCAUCGACAAAUUUACUGAUGAAAGAGUCACUUCAAUUAUGACACCUACUCAAAAAUCACUUACUAAUUUCCCAUCUUCUGCGACCAGAGAUCAAGGUUAUAAAAUAUUUGAUAAAUGUCUCUUCGUUUUAACAAGUAUUUUUGAAAAUAAGGAUGAACUAUGCAGUACUAUUGAAGCCAGGGGCGGUAAAGUUUUAACUCUUGGGUUUUCAAGUUUAUUUGAUUGUUGUAGAGCAGUAUCAACCAUGCCAGUGGGAGAAGAUGAGGAUAUAAUAUUGAAGGAAAGUUCCUUACAUCUUACGUGGAAGAGGGAUUGUAUAUUUAAAGAUUACAAAUUUGCUUGUCUUCUUACAAGAAGACAUUUGAGAAGUUUGAAAUAUUUAGAAACUUUAGCACUUGGUUGGCCCAUAUUACAUUGGAAAUUCAUUAAUGCAUGUGUUAAGGAAAAUACACUAUCAAUCCAAUCUAUCCCACGAUUUCUGCUACCAGCUGGUGAGAGCUAUAGGUUAUCUGUUGAUAUCACAACAAAGUCAGGUGUCAUUAAAUCUAGUGAUAUUCUUCAAUUCUAUUCUAGGCUAUUGAAUGGUGACAGGUUGAUAAACCAAACGGAUGCACUCAAGAAUUUAAUGAUGGAUUAUGUUGUACUUCUUUAUGGGUACUCUGAACUAGAUGAUUUUAUUAAGUUUAUAUUUGCUUGUACCGGAAUUUCCAGGUUUUAUGAGACAGAUAUGAAACUCCAUGACGAUGCCCCAGAUUCCUUACUACUGAUUUUAGAGAAAUUGUUCAAGUUAUGCCAAGAUAAGGGUCUUAAAAUACUGGUAUAUAUGAAUGAAGAGACAGGAAAAAUAAGUAACGAUUUACUUGAUCAGACGCGAAAGGAAAUAUUAGAAAGAUUCAGUAGCUUCAAAGUUCCUUUCCAUGUUAGGUCAAAAGAGUGGCUAAUUCAAACUAUAAUCAAUGAAUCAACGGACUUUGAUGACGAAAACUAUUAA